CGCUUUACCAAGUGUGGACAUUUUCACUGGGACAACAUGGACGCUGCCGCCCAUGCACCACCCAAGGGAAGUGUCGAUGCCACCGAACGCACGCCGCUGGUCGGGAAGCUUCAAACUGUCACCUCUUCAUCGAGCACUUCAAGCUACAAGUCAUGCGCUUCACCGGCAGAGAGCUACCAGGUCCUCGUCGGGUCACCGUACCUUGAUGCCCAGCAGCCCGAAAACUCGCCGACUCCCCCGGAAAGCGGCAGCAUCUUGUAUCUCGACGACGACGUCGAACUGGCCAAGUCACAGCUGACGACAGUCCAGAGUCUCUUCUUUGACUCGUGCUUGUCGGGCGAUGCGUUCCAAGCGCAGCGAUUAGUUGAAUCCAUCGAUGGUGACGACGAGUUGCGGACUCUCCUGACAGUGCAUCAUCCCAAGUACCACAUGAAUGCCUUGAUGGUGACAGCGUUCUAUGACCAACAUCUUGUCAUGCGAUACCUGUUGGAUCUGAAGCUUUGCCGAGAUGGAGUGAACGAAGCGGCAGGCGCUGAACGCCAUGGCGCGACUGCAUUGAUGCUUGUUCAAUCUGUUGCUUGUGGCUUGAUUCUCUUGCAAGCCGGCGCGUCUGUGCACUGCCAAAACUCGACCGGAAUGACCCCCCUGCACUAUGCGGCGAGUAGCGGCAAUGCAGGUCUUGUGAGUCUGCUGCUGACGCGAGGGGCUGAUCCCAAUGCCGUGGACCACCGCGGCGCGACGGCGCUCCACUGGGCAGUCUACGAAGGUUUUCAAUACACGGCCAUGCUCUUGGUAGGGCACGGAACCGACAUGGCGGUGCAAGACUUGCAAGGCCAAACUGCGCUCAUGAUUGCGUCUGCGCUGAACGACGCAUUCUUAGUCAAGCAGCUUGUAUUGGAGGGGGCGCCGCUGCACCUGAAGGAUCGAAAGGGGCGCACGGCGCUCAUCAUUGCCACGCAAGCUUCCAAUCGAGAAUGCGUCCACGCGCUCAAGUCGGGUGCGAGCGACAGGUGGAUCGCCACCAUGUCCAGACGCGGCGCAUCGAUCGUGUUUUUUUGGGCUGCCUUCACGUCCACCACGAUGUUGUCGCUGUUGUACGCCAUCCCGUGUCUGGCGUUUCCAGUGGAAUUUGCCGUGGUGGUCCUGGGACUGGGCGGCCUCACGUGCAUGUCGUACAUUUACGUGUGGUUGACCGACCCCGGGUACACACCUCCCGUUGUGCCUGGAAAGGUUGUGUGGUUGAGAGAGUUGACGUGCAGGUUUGUGGCCAAGUCGAGCCAGCCCGUGUACGAGCUUCUCGCGACCGACGCAGUGCAAUCGGUGCCAUGUCCGAGCUGUGUCACGUUGAAGCCCAUUCGUUCCAAGCAUUGUGCGACGUGCAAGCGUUGUGUCGACCGCUUCGACCACCACUGCCCUUGGAUCAACAAUUGCGUUGGACGCAAAAACCAUCGCGGAUUCAUCGUGUUCCUCGCGUCCUUGUCGGCUUUGUGCCUUCUCGUGGCCCUGACGUCGCUCUCGAUUUUGACCGGCGUUGUGUCACCCGUGCCACCUGCAGCGACGGUCGCAAUCUGGCACCACUAUGAGCCCCGAAUCUUUCACUCGAUGCGGCCAGCUCCGACCGGGUACUCCCUGCAGCUGAUACACGUGUACAUUUUGGUCGUCGGGUUGGCUUUCGGCGGCCCAACUCUCGUCUUACUGGGGCUGCAAGUGCGCAACAUUUCGACGAAUCUCACGACCAACGAAGUGUUUAACAGGGCCAAGUACUCGUACUUGAAAGACAUGAACGACGAGUUCCGCAACCCUUUCGAUCGAGGCGUUGGCGCCAACUGCCUGGCCUUUUGGCUCGACCGUGGCGACCACAAAUGAUGUGAAAGAGCGUCCAAGCGGUUGGAGUGCAUCAAAUUUCGUCGUGUUCAUCACAGCUAGCAAACCCAUCGACACGACUUUAAACUUGCAAACGAGCCAGGGCCAAAACUUGAGCAUUUCUCCAGUCCUUUGACAAUUGCUCCAGGUGCUCGUCGAAGUCUACGACGUCCACAGCGGCGUCGGCGAUCGACGCAAGUUGAGAUCGCUUCUCCAGCGACGCGACGAGCAGCUUUCCUUCGUCGUCGUCGUACGCGAGACGAUUGUCCACGGGCACCCAUCCUCGCUUGACGUCUUUUAGCCACAGGUUGGCGCUGGCAAGUGAUUUGUUGUCCAGAACGAGUACGCAAGCACGAGAGGCGUUGGCUUCCACAGUACUUGCGAUGCGCGCAUGCACGGGUCCCAGCGAGGUAUCGUCAUCACGUGAGUUCGCCACGUAGAGACCAACGAUCUUGAGCUUGAGCUUGGCUGCUUCGACUUCAAUGGAUGUGGAGGCAUAUUCCAGAAGAGGUGCCGUUGGCGCCUGAUGGCACACUGGAAACGCCUUCACCACUUCAAUCGUGUUACCGGAAUCCCUUCCUACCAGAAGGCCUACCACAGAGAGAUGCGGGUACUGCGCGGCAUGCAAGCCCAUCAAGAGCUGGGCCUCCUCGCUGACCCGGUAUGCGGACAUUGCUCCUGUUGAGAUCUCGAGGACCUGCGGACACCGCGAC